ACAAGAAACAUCUCCAGCAGCUCUUCAGUGCUUUGGAAUUCUAUCAUGUUUGAGAACAGGGUUUAAUCUGACAGUAAGGGUGUGUUAAAACUAUUUUUAAAUGCAGUACACGUUAUUUCACCUUAAUGUUGGUGAAUUUUAAUAAUGAUCGACCUAGUUACAUAUGCAUUAAUGGAUUUAUUAGGUGUAUGUAUGCUAACAUCACUUAAUGACAAUAAAAGGAGUGGAAAUACUACGCAUUAGGGUUUUAAAACCUUGUGGACUACACGCUCAUUAGAUAAAUACAAUCCCUUGGUAUCUUUGGUUGGCAUAAAUGAAACGCUCCAGUCGCUUUAUCAUAAACAGACCGCACUGUUGUCAAAUUGCGGAAUUCUAAGAGAGGGUGUAUCUUCUUGUUGCUAAAUCAUGUCUUUGGACGAAAGCCAAUCAGAUCAUUCAUAGCAGAUAGUUUCCGUUUCAUUUCUUCUAAAACAGAAGUGCUGCCUCUGAAAAAAGUAUUUACAUAGACGCUGGACUGAUAAAAUGUCUAACGACAAAAUUGUCAGAUAUGCCACAAGGCUCCUUUGUUCCCAUCAUGGCUCUUUGGAGUACAGGCAGCUUCACAGGCAGGUUUGCAAGAGCUUUGGCAUUUCAGAUUACGAGUUGUGCUACAUCUUGAGGGAAUGCUGUAGGUUUGCUGUUGUUGGUGGCACUGAAGAGAGGACGUCAUAUACGGCGCUCAGCCCAGACUGCAGGAUAAUUGCAAGAACAGCAGUGAGACUGUGCAAGGACUAUCCGAAAGACAGAUGUGCUGACUGCGAAGAAGGACUUCAUCUGUGCAAAUAUUUUGUUUAUGGAAACUGCAGAUUUGGCAAAGGAAGGAAACCAUGCCGGUAUUCACAUGAACUUAGUUCAGGCCACAAUUAUGAGGUCCUGAGAAAUUACCAUCUUCUCGAUCUGGAUCAAGAUGAGCUUUUUAUGCUUCUUCUACAGAACGACCCCUCUCUUUUACCUGAGGUGUGUAUGCAUUACAACAAGGGAAGUGGCCCCUAUGGAGCUUGUACAUUCAAAGCAAGCUGCACCAAACUACACAUCUGCCAACACUUUGUGCAAGGCGACUGCAUGUUCGGAUACAAGUGCAAGAGAUCCCACAAGAUUGAGUUGGAUGAUCAGAAAAAGCUGGAGGAGCGGGGGAUCACCAGAGAGAAUAUUCAUAAUCUGCCUUCUAUAUACAGGAAUAUUUAUGACUUAAAAAACUGUAGCAUCAGCUCCAGUGAGGGAGAAAUCACAGACACGGCACAGAGGUCAUCAGUAAGUGAACGAGAGAGCAAUGAAAUUUGCCUCCAUUACAUCAGGAAGCAAUGCAGUUUUCAAGAAAAGUGCAUUCAUGUCCACUUUCAUCUGCCCUACAAGUGGGAAGUGUAUGAUAGGUCAUCUUGGGUAGAGCUCCCCCACAUGGAAGAAAUUGAAAAGGCUUUUUGUGACCCGGAAAAUACCCACAGUGGAGGGUCUCGGCCGGUAGACUUCCUGGAAAUGACACGAAACUCGGCUCCAGUCAGGCGCCUGUCCACAGCUUCCUCCGUUACCAAACCACCGCACUACAUCCUGACCACAGAAUGGGUCUGGUACUGCAAGGGUGAAAAUGGCAAGUGGAUUGAAUACGGACUGCCAGAUGAAAAACGCAAAGUCUCUUCUGUCACUUCUAAGGAAUUGGAGCAAGCAUACCUAGCAGAUAACAAUGAUGAAAUUACCCUGACUAAAGGGCAUCGCCAGUACACGCUCAGUUUCAAAGACAUGUAUCAACGGAACCCAAAACAUAAUACUAAAAGGAAGGUGCGGAGAAGGCCCAGAUUUGUUUCUGAAAAAGCAGUGGAAAACAAGAGAAUGGGCAAAAGCAACUACGCUCUGGCAUCAAGCUCCACCACAAAAUCAUUUCCAGAGAACUGGGACAUGGAUGCUGUGCCUGAGACUGGAUACAAGUUGAUUCAACUUUCCUUCUCCUCCAAGGAAUUCAAGGAAGUUCAAGAUCUCUUUCUGAAGAAAAUGACCAUGGCGACCAUCCAUAAAAUCGAAAGAAUUCAAAACCCAUCUCUCUGGGAAGUGUAUCAAUGGCAGAAGGAACAGAUGAAGAAGAAAAAUGGAGGGAAGGAUGUUGAUGAGGAGUUGUUAUUCCACGGUACACAGAAAUCUCUUGUAGAUGCCAUCUGUAGCCAAAACUUUGACUGGAGAAUCUGUGGAGUCCAUGGGACUGCCUAUGGGAAAGGGAGUUACUUUGCAAGGGACGCCUCGUAUUCCCACAGUUACACCAUGUCCACAUCGGGUCAUCGGAUCAUGUUUGUGGCUCGAGUGCUGGUUGGAGAGGCGACUGCAGGAAAAAACAACUAUUUACGCCCCCCUUCCAAAGAUGGCAACAACACAACGUUUUACGACAGCUGCGUGGACAAUAAAUACAACCCUUCAAUUUUUAUCAUCUUUGAGAAACACCAGAUUUAUCCAGAAUAUGUGAUAGAGUACAGUAAGUAUGGCAGAACACUGGGGAUGAAUGUGUAAUGAAGACAUUUUACUUCUGUAAUUUUUUUUUUUUUUUUUUUUUUUUUUUUUUUAGCAUUAUCAGUAAAGGGUUAUAACCACUCAAACAUUCUUGCCUCAUUUCUACAGCAACGUCCGCGUACCAUUUAGCUUUAUUUUCACUUUUACUCCGAAUUUUUUAUUUUUUUUAAGUUCCAGGUAGCUCUUAAUUUCUGACUUUCUUAAAACUGGGGAACAGAUUGUCAAGUCUACUAUUUGGAAGUGUAUGUCAUCUACCCGUCCCUAUUAAAAUCCCUUUUAUUCUGAGAGAAAUAACUCCUGGUGUCAAAUGAGUUACAUCCACCAUAAUAAGAUAAUACGUCUGAGGCCUAAAGCAACAACAACAAUUUUUUUUUUCUUUUUUUUUUUUAAUAUCUAAUUCGAUUAAUGAUCAGAUUUUUAUUUUUUUUUUUUUUAAGGGGAAAAAAAAAAACUAAUGCUGUGUUUAUUAUAAUGAAGUACUGGCUGGAAGACAUACCAGCUCCUUAUGACUUAUAGUUUGGGAAAGUGGUCUGCUUGUGGCAUUACAACACAUAAGAGACUAAUUCAAGUUGUGUUUCAGCUGCUGAAGGCACCAACAGUAACAAUUGUCAGCUUGACUUAGGUGUGUAUUAUUAAUUAUCAUAUUUUUCAACAUAGCAGUAUUGCUUUUAUCUGUAGUGUAUUACAUGUAAUAAAAAAACAAACACAACUUUUUAUUAUUCUAGUCUGCGUUUUUAUCUAAUCUAGGCAUCUUCCACAUGUUUGUUAACUUGUGAAUUGUAUCCUGUCAUAGGUGUAACACAAAAGGAAGCAGGAUAUGUUGUGUUACAGGUAGGAAAAACAACAUGUACACCGUUCUGAUCUUUAAAUACUGCAUACCCUGCUGUGUGUAAUUUUGUAUUAAACAUACUUUGAGAACUACUGAAUAUAUCUAACUUUGAUGUAUUUUUAAUGUAGGCUGUAUUUCAAAUGAGAAGUCAGAAAAACGAGAACAUUGCAUAUUAUACUGGAUGUAUAGUUAGGCAGAUCUUUGUGUGCAAAUACAAAGAUGAAAAUUUGCACAUCAGUCUCCAAUUUGCGUGAGUUUAGCUAUUUAAGGCAAACCUAAGUGAAAAAAGUAAUAAAUUAAUUCUUUACAUAUGUACAGUAACAUAACAUCUGAAAACCAGACUGGGAGGUAGAAAUAAAGUGUCAAACAGAUCUUUUAAAAUGUUUUAUACAUAACAUUGAUAUGCUGAAUAUUUUUUUAAUGUUAGGUUUGAAAACAUGACUAUUUUAAGACAAUCUCUUAUUGCUUUGGGAAAUAAUGUAACAGGUUAUAUUCCCAGAAAAAACAAAACACACUUCUACAGUAAACCACAAGCAAAGUCACCUUGUAGCAAUUCCACUAGAGGGAGCCAUGGGAAUAUAUAUAUUUUUGGUGACAACAAAAAAAAUUAAAUGAUACACAGCAGGCACUACAUUGAAAUAAUGUAAUGGUAGAGAUCCAGUCUACAACUGCAUGCCUGCUAAAAUUGCUUUAUUACACAACAGUCGAGUUUUUUCCACAGUUCACUUCUGUUAUUAAUUAGGGUGCUGUUUAUGAAGAAUAUUGUAUACUUUAAAAUAUUUAUUAGCGUAAAAUGUUUGUAAUAAAUUGCCUUUAA